GGUGUCGAUGGGGUUCCGCUGGCGGCAGCGCUCGCUGAGUCGUCGGCGCAACGUGCAACCGAGUGGACGUAGUUCUCGUACGCAACGCAGGUGCUCGUAAUAACAGUUUACGGUCGAUUUGAAACAGUCGCGGUCGUGUGUUUAGAAAACAACAGAGUUAUGUUUAUUAACGGUCUAAUAUGUUGCUAAAUCAGUGAAUUAAAUAAGCAAACAGUUAAUAUUAUUCAGUGCUUUCCAACUGCUUUUGAGUGAAAUGUGCACGAAUCGAAUGUUUUGAUGACAGUUUCAUCGAUAAGAUAGGGAGAUCGUUUUUCUAUCUAUGAUAGUAGAAGACAAUAAAUGGUUUAGAUAAACGUCACUGUAGAAAUGCGUGAAAAAUGGGAUACGUCCAACACCCCUGUCCCGAUCAACGAUGGGCAGCCGGUGCCCCAAAAAAUUAGCUUCAUCUACGAACCCUCCUACAAACCAAAACUUUUGCUCAAAUCGCCGUCGUUGCGUGCGAUAAGAAAUUACAAUAACUUAUCGAUCGAGAAUUCCCAAUCAAAUACCUACGAAAACCUAAGCUUCAUCCCCGAAAAUGGAAAUGUGGAUAUUAACACUUACGACGAAGCAUACGCAUCCACCAUAAUUUCGAACGAUUCGAAACUCAGCGAUUAUCCGAACAAUCAAGACUUGUACGAUUACACAACCCUCGGAUCCGCCUCGGUCAAAACGACAGCCUCCAACAAUGGCUCCGAACUGGGCUCCGAAAGGAACGAAAUGGGUUCAACGACUAAAUUGGUUUCGCCAAGGAUGGAAAUGUCAUGUCAGACGUGGUUUACCCAUUUGGAGACGGUCCUGUGCACGAUAGCCCUAGCAGCUGGAUUUGGAAACUUGUACAGGCUACCACAAGCCACUCUCAACCAGGGUGGGCUGCCGUUUUUAGCGGCGUACGUCAUUCUCACCGUACUCGUCGGACUUCCUUUGCUAUUUUUGGAAUUGGGUAUAGGUCAGUUAGCACAGGAAGGGUUCAUUAAGUCCUGGAGGGCGAUACCCUUUUUCAAAGGUAUAGGAUACGUCAAGCUGAUAGCAGGAUGUUUCCUCAGCAUCUACUAUCCUCUGUACAUGGGGUUAGCACUCUAUUACAUCGCCUGGAUUCCUUCACACACUGUUCCGUUUCCGGAAUGCGCCAAUGUAAAAAUGAAAACAGAUGGCUAUUCCGUGGACGGACACGAUGGUCAACAAUGCUUAAAAAAAACUUUUCUCGUGUCUCCGUGGGAUGAUCCACAGUGGUAUGGAAUCUUCGCGGGGAUUUUAUUUGUCAUUUGGAUCAUAGUAAUAAUUCUGUCCAUCCGCAGAACCAAAAGUUUCACUAGAUCCAUUUCCAUCCUUCUGUUUCCAGUACUGGGUUGUAUGAUUGCCCUCAUAGUAAAAGCAGUUGAUGUUGAGGACAAUUUCGAAAGUUUAGAAAGAUUAGGCAGUAACAGUGACUGGUCACUUUUAGGACAGUCUUCUGUUUGGUACUACGCUGCCAUUCAGGUUUUCUUUUCAACAAAUGUAGGCUUUGGGACUUUCAUCACAAAUGCUGGAAGAAUAUACAACAAAGUGAACCCUUUGUGGACUGCUUUGGGCUUCACUGUUGCUAAUUUGCUGUUUGGAAUCGGAGGAGUUGUUAUCUGUUACAUAUUUUCUGGUGAAGUGGACAUUGUGUCUCCGAGUGAACAGGAUGUUCCAGAACUUCAUCUUCUAGCUCUUAUAUACACGAUCACAGUCAAGAGCGACGAUAAAGACGACGCCAAAAUUUGGGCUAUUGUUGCCUUUGCUGCAAUCUUAUUGGCUGGUUUUAUAAGCAUGGCAACCAUUACCUACACAUUGCUCAAGGUAAUAACAGUACAAAACAAAAGACGUCUGAAGUGGUGGCAAACCAGCAUCGUUUUAAGCUUCAUAGGCUUCAUAUUAGGUUGCGCCGUUCUGUUAAAGUCUGACUUCCAAAUAGUACGCUUAUUGGACCACUACAUAGUUGGAAACUUAAUCAUCAUUUCAGUCAUCAUUGAAAUCCUUGCCCUUAUCGCAUUUUAUGGUACCGAACGAAUAAAAUCGGACUUUGAGUUCAUGUUGGGUCACAUUUUAAGCACAGUUUGGUUAAUCCUUUGGUGGAUUCUGCCUUUACUCCUCAUUGGUAUUUUCGCAUGGGCUUUGAUCACCCUUCCUAAAGAAGACUUCAAGAACGAUCCUGAAUGGUUGUGCGCUACGGGUUGGGCUAUAGUUCUCACAGCUGCCAUAUUUAUUUUUGUCAUCGGAUUUUACACUGUUACCAACCAAGAUGGUUACACGGUUACUGAUAAAUUCAAAUCAUCGUUAAAACCAUCCCAUAAUUGGGGUCCCAAAGACCCAAUACUGAGACACACAUGGAUCCAGUGGAACAGUAAAGCAAAACAAGGCGAACGUGAUUUCACUCUGAAACGAAGAGGUACCCGAGAGUACACCCGUUCUAUUAAAAAGAACGCAAAGAAAGCAAGUCUUGGACUCAACACAAAUCAGCUUGGGAAAAAUGAUCAAAAUCAGAAUGUUCGAAUUAGCAAUUGUAGUUCUGAGUAUGUUGAGCCCUAUUACUUGGAAAACGAAAGGUCGUCAGUCACGAAUGGGGUUCGAAGGGAAAGUAAUAAGCCCUUACGAGUUACGUCACUUGUAGAUUCGUUAGACCCACCUAGUCCUUCCUUUACUGUUAACAUAAGGAAUUCAUACAGUGGAGGAUAUAAAACUAACAUUAACCCUUUAGCAAGGACGCAUGUGCACGAUACCCAGGAAAGUUCCAAUUCGGAAGGAUAUGGUACCUUCAGAAAGGGACCGUAUGUUAUUCCUGAAACAGAUAACAUAACUCACGUGUGUCAUAGAAGAUUUAGCCAAAGUGAAGAUGCCACAGAACUGUAAUAAUUCUCCUUUAAUGAUAUACUUUCCUGUACAUAGUAUUCGUAGAUACGUAUUCUGUUUACUCAUUAUGUUAUUUAUUUUUUAAAUAUGGUUUUUAAUAUAAAAUCAUGAACCCUCA